GUUGAAAAUGGAGGUAUAUUAAGACCGCAGGAACAGAUAUAGAUUCAGAGUUUUCUUCAAGCACGAACAUCAAUACAACUUUUUUAAUACAAGGGAUUCAAUUCUUGACUUAGUCUCUUCCUUUUUUCUUUUUGCUCGGAAAAUAUGUCGGUCUCAUCGGAAAACGCAGAGUUUUCAGCCCAGAAAUCGGGUAGGUUUUUUGAGAAGCCGAGUUUCUCUCAGAAGUGUAGUAUGUUGAGUCAGUAUCUGAAAGAGAAGGGUAGCUUUGGAGAUCUAAGCCUAGGGAUGACACGCACCAUUGAACCAAACGGGACAACAAUGAAUUUUUUUCCUGCUAUUGAAAACCAAACAAACAUGGCAACCCCUCGAGACCUCAAGUUCAUGAAUUUGUUUCCUCAACAAGCUGGUUUUGGUUCCUCUCGUCCUGAGGGAGAGGCCCCCAAGAUGGCAGAUUAUAGUCUGAACAAGCCUGCCACGGGAGAGCCUGAAAGAGCCCAAAUGACUAUCUUUUAUGGUGGACAAGUAAUUGUCUUAAAUGACUUUCCAGCAGAUAAGGCAAAAGAAGUGAUGCUUUUGGCUAGCCAGGAAAGCUCCACCAACCUGACUGCCCAGGCCAACCAGGCAAAGAGCAACAAUGCCUUCCCCUUUAAUGUAACAAAGAAUCCAAUCGAUUCUGGUGUUUCGGCUCCUCCAAGCCCGACUGUUGUUCCUAGCUUUGGCGGCAAAGCUAUUCAGGAAUCUGUUCAACAGGCACCGAGUCCUAUCGCUUGUGAUCUACCAAUUGCCAGGAAAGCUUCACUUCACCGAUUUUUGGAGAAGAGAAAGGAUAGAAUUAACGCCAGAGCACCAUACCAAAUCCCAGAAGUAGCCGCAUCAAAGUCAACUGAAGGCAACUCAUGGCUAGGCUUGGCUGCACAGAGAACACAGUAGUAGUUUGAUCUCAUAUAUUAAGAAAUAUUAGGCUUUUCAUAGUUCAAGCCUUUUAUCUUUCAGAUUUUGCUGGGUUUAGGUCUACUACUAUUUUUCUCAGUUCUGUCCUAUCUUCAUUAAUAUAAUAAUGAAUAUAUUUUUUUGACCAUCUGGCUCUGGCCGACUGGAGCUUGGUUUUAGAUCUAAGUAUCUAACUCUUGUUUAAUCUUAGAUUUUGUAAUUAAAUUAUAAAUCAAAAGAAUUUUAGUUACUUCUGGUAGAUUUGAGUGCUUCAAUUUAUUCUAUAACUGUUAUUCUUUAUGAAUGAUUGUAUUGUAUCACUGACUGGAUGAGAGAAUUGAACAAACAAUCACAUAUUUUGUA